GAGAGCAGGAACCUUUUGCCUUCGUCAGUUCAUCUCGAGUCUUCUGCCUCACCGCCACAAUGAAGGUCCUCGCCGUGGUUCUGUGCCUCGCCGCCGCCGCCUCCGCCCGAAUGGCCUACACUUUCUCAGACGGGUACCUGGACAUCCUCGGCGCCGAACCUGUGCAAAACUUCGACUGCGUGGGGCGUGCUUAUGGCUACUACGCUGACGUCUCCACUGACUGCCGGGUGUUCCAUGUAUGUCUGCCUAUCACUGACGACGCAGGAGAGCUCGCCGAGACUGCCCACUUCUCCUUCUUCUGCGGUAACCAAACAAUCUUCAGCCAGGAAUCUCUCACAUGCGCACACUCCGACCUUGCCUUCCCAUGCGCUGAGGCUGAGUCACUUUACGAUUCCUCCAAUGCAGACUUCGGUGUGAUCCCAGAAGAUAAUCAGUAACUCCCUCCUGGCCGCUUCCCGACGCUUCUCAUGUACAGCUUGUGUGUGUUUGUUGUAUUCCAUUAAUAAAAGAGCAUUUUUUUGUAUUCA